AUGGAAGAGCCAAGUCAAACGUUUCGUUAUGAAAAGAUUGACUUCUUAGGAGAGGGACAGUUUGCGACAGUUUACAAAGCCCGAGAUGUUAAAACUGAUAAAAUAGUUGCUGUAAAAAAAAUUAAACUUGGCUCAAGGCUAGAGGCUCAAGAUGGUAUUAACAGAACAGCUCUAAGAGAAAUUAAGCUAUUGCAAGAGUUACAACAUAUAAACCUCAUUGGACUCUUAGAUGUAUUUGGGCAAAAAUCUAAUGUUUCCUUGGUGUUUGACUUUAUGGAUACUGACUUGGAAAUAAUUGUUAAGGAUAAUAAUAUUGUACUUACACCAGCCAAUGUAAAGGCCUAUAUGAUUAUGACACUAAAAGGUUUAGAAUACCUACAUCAAAAUUGGAUAUUGCACAGAGAUCUAAAACCCAAUAAUUUGCUGAUCAAUAGAGAAGGAAUUUUAAAAAUUGGUGACUUUGGUCUGGCAAAAGCUUUUGGGUCUCCAACAAGAAUAAACACACACCAAGUAGUGACCAGAUGGUACAGGUCCCCAGAACUUUUAUUUGGUGCUAGACAAUAUGGUACUGGAGUGGAUAUGUGGGCCGUUGGCUGCAUACUUGCUGAACUCCUCCUACGUGUUCCCUUCCUUCCUGGAGAAUCUGAUCUUGACCAACUAACUCGCAUUUUCCAAGUAUUUGGAACACCAACAGAAGAAAAUUGGCCAGGUAUGAAGAGUCUAACAGAUUAUGUGCAGUACAAACCUCUACCAGCACAGCAACUACGUCAUAUAUUUAGUGCUGCUUCUGAUGACUUAAUUCAACUAUUAGAAAGUCUACUCUCUCUUUAUCCACCUCAGCGGUGUGACUGCACACAAGCAUUACAAAUGGCAUACUUUAGCAAUAAACCAGCACCAACAGUGGGGUCAAAACUGCCGAUGCCAUCAAGCGUAUUAAAAAUAGAAACAAAAAAACCUUCUCUUAAAAGAAAACUUCUGGACAACAUUGACGGUGGAUCACUUGCAAAAAAACUUCAAUUU